AUGCAGUGUGGCAUGAAAAUACGAUUGAUCUUUGCCGGGCUUGGCAUCAGUGCUGGAAUCAUGGCUGGUACUUGUUUUUGGAUUAUGUAUCAGGUAAAUAUGAUUAAUAAAAAGCCAUUUAAAAAGCUUAUACCUUUUCAGGAUAAUUAUUAGGUUUAAAAGUUUAAGAUACCGGGAAGAAAACAGGACGUAAAAGUUAUCCAGAAAAUGUAAAAUAAUAUUGAAAUUGUUUUUCAGAACUACAGUGCGACUAUAAUGGCCUACUUUAGUACGUUGUGUGCCACUUUUAUGUUUUACACACAUUGGGCCUACUACAAACAGUGGAUGCUCAACUGGUCGGAAGGCAAAAUCAGAGCUUCUAUUAUUAUCAGUAAGUCUGUUUUCAAAUAUUAUAUAGUAUAAAAUUUUCUUAACUCCUUUGUCUUAUCACCAGAAUAACAUCUUAACUAGAGGAGAAGGUCAGUCUAGUAACCAUAAAAUUAAAAAAUAAACCUUGCAUUUUCAAAAUCGCAUCCUUUAGACACAAUCCUAUGUGUCCUUGCCCUAUCAGGCAUGGUAGCCUGUCUAGUGAUAGCCGGCAUCAAAGGGCAGACCAUUGAUCACGCUGGACUGAUGGGUGAAAACUUGUGGAUCACUGCCGUUUGGUGUUGGAUGACAUUCAAAUGGACGAUGGCGACGGCGAUAUACACACGGAAAUACGCCCACAAUGUAAACCAUUCUCUUUUAAUGCACAGUGACGCCACUCAAACAUACGACAGUUUGGUUUGACGUGCUUUAUUUACUGUAUUACUUUACUUUCACUAACACACGGGUUCUGUAAAUAGAAACAUUGCUAAUAAAAAAACAUUCGCAUAGUUGUUGUGGCUGUAAAGCUUACUUUAAUCAAUUUAAAAGUUUAUUCAAAUGAAUUUAAAGCUAUUUCAAGAACCCAAACACUAACCCGCACUGGCUUAUGUCAACUAACAUACUUGUUAUUUAGUGUAACAUAAAGUCAUUUUACAUUUAACAUACUUAAGAUGAUAGUAGAACUAAAGCUGCUCUAUUUCAGUUACCUCAAUGCGAAAAAAACUUUGUCACGCCUUAAUAAGUAGUACUACUUAGCUUUUGUUAUUCACACUGCACCAUGCACAACUACGGGUGAUAUCUUCUUCUUUAUUGUACUUUUUGUUUGCACUAAUAAACAAUAACUCACUUUUUCCUGCACUAACACGACUAAUACGCUUCACAAAGUUUGCACUAUACAAAACAUAACAUAAGCCUAGGCUUUUAUCUAUAUAUACUAACACAGAUAUGACAAUAUAUUAAUCCCUAGCGUUUUAUAAACUGCCAGUUUCAUCGUUCUUGUAAUUUUACCGUAUCUAACUUGUAACCUUAACUUUUAACCUUUACUCUGCUGAAUUACUUUACUUUAUGCUCAUAAAUUUUUAAUUUCUAAAACAUUUCAGACUGACGGGUACACGGUUGAACAAGACUUUUGA